UGUUGUUCGCUCGCAAUCUGUCAUCAAUCCAACAAGAAAAAAACGCGAGUUGUAAAUUUUGUAGGACAUUCCUUGUUUCGCCCAGAUAAGCUCCUGGAAAAUUGUAAAAAUUUAGUGAAUAUUGCAUCCAAAUUUGAAAUAUUAUUAGCUCAAACAGUAAACUGUGCAACAAUGAUUCGCAAGAAACUGUAACUCACGAAAACGGCUGCGAAUUUCAUCGAGACAGAAAAUUAUGGCUUCAACAAAGACGAAAAACAGAACGACUGCAGUUUGAGAAUCGAAAAGUGAAACUGCUAACUGCUCAACCGGCAAGGUCAGUUGGAACCUGAGAAACCAGCGUUGCGUGGAAGGCUCAUCCAUUGAUUGGCGCUCUAGAAGCUUCCGGAGCUUUUGGGAAUGUCUGGCAUGUUUAGUUACAAUAGAGAAGCAGUGCGGGUGAAAGUCAAGAAAUACGAGAACAAUGCGGAAACGGACACCCGAAAGUUCAGCGUAGACCCUCAGAUCACCAGUCUGGAGGUGUUGUGUUCGAUUCUGGCGAAGGCGUUUGAUCUACGGACGGAUUUCGGCAUCAGCUACAAGGCACCGGAUGCUACUGGGCAGGAAAACUACCUGGUAGUUCUAUCGGACUGGGACCUGGAAGCGGCUUUUCUAAGAGCACACAAUCAAUCGAUAGCAUCGAAGAGUGAACCGUGUCUCUACCUAAGGGUUGACAUCAAACCAUUCUCGGUCACUUCGGAAUGGGACGGAUCGGUGAACUCCGGUGGGAUUACCCGGGAACUGGUCUCGCUACAGCAAUCGAUUGGGGCGGGUCAGAAGUAUGUGCAGAACAAACUUCCGGGCCUGAUCAUGAAUCACAUGGAAAAGACGUUUUCGCUGGUGCAACGGGCGCUGAACUUGUCCGAAGACCCCAUGAUGACGCAAGCUAUACGACCUCCGCUGGCUGACGCUGAAUUUCGAACGUUUUGUGACUCGGUCGGACAGGUUGUGGAUCCGGCACAGCUGCGGAAGGUCAUUUAUUUGGGAGGAAUUGAUCCCAGCCUGCGGAGGGUUAUAUGGAAGCACAUAUUGAAUGUGUAUCCGGAGGGAAUGACCGGCAGGGAGCGAAUGGAUUACAUGAAAAAGAAAUCAGGUGAAUAUUACAAGCUUAGAGACGUGUGGCGCACAGCGGUACAACAGGGAAACAUUGUUGGCGAAUUGGCCUACGUGACGAGCAUGGUUCGAAAGGAUGUACUACGAACAGAUCGGUUACACCCGUUCUACGCCGGUAGCGACGAUAAUCAGAACAUAGCUUCACUCUUCAACGUGCUGACGACCUACGCCUUGAAUCAUCCGGCUGUCAGUUAUUGCCAGGGCAUGUCCGAUAUCGCUUCUCCAUUGCUGGUUACAAUGGCUGACGAGGCGCAGGCUUACAUUUGCUUCUGUGCCAUCAUGACGAGGCUGAGCUGCAACUUUAUGCUGGAUGGGAUAGCUAUGACCUUGAAAUUCAGUCACCUUUCAGAAUCGCUUCAAUACUACGACCCGGAAUUUUACGCCUAUCUUAAAAUGCACCAAGCAGAUGAUUUGCUGUUCUGUUAUCGAUGGUUACUCUUAGAGAUGAAACGAGAAUUUGCCUUUGAAGAUUCGUUACGAAUGUUGGAAGUCUUGUGGAGUUCACUUCCGCCUAUGGCUCCCAAAACCGAACUAGCUCUUUUUGAAAAAGAGUACGAACCGCCACCGGUGGAGCUUCCUCAACCCAAGAGUCCGACGCAGGUCGUUUUGAGGACUCCGCGUGAGAACCCCUACACCAAGAUAUGUGCUCUCAGACGACAGAGUUCGGCACUUUCGCUAAGUUCCUCGUGCACCAAUCCGGUCAAUAUUGUAAACGGUCCAGCAAAGCUGGAUGCAACGAAACGACUGAAUCUCAGUCUUGAUGAAAAUAUCACUCGUGAGACGUUAUACAACAAUAAGAACGUAAACAAGGUGCAUCAAAGUUUGGACGAGGCCAAAAUCUCAUUGGUGAAGCAGCGGAAAAUAAUUCGCAGCGUCGGCGACGACGAUUUACUGGAAUGCAACAACCCUGUUCAAGGCGCAAAAGAUGAAUCAGUCGAAGAAGACGAUAAUGUAUUUCAACCGCCCGGACUUCCACCGGUUUUACCAACGACGCUAGGAACAAAUCCGUUUUUGGACAGUCCACCGGAAUCCGAGACCCCAUCCGACACCCAAACUCGGAAUGAAACUGAAACGAGCCAUGCUCAAAAACCGCUCCAAAAUCAAACAGUAACGGAAGCGAAGCCCACGCAAAGUAGGCAGCCACAAUUGCAGCAGCAGCAGCAAUAUCAAUCGCAACCACCCAGUGGAGAGAACAGUUCGCGAAACUCGCCCAUCAGCAGAAGCAAAAGUCUAUUCUCGGCAGGUACGGGAAAUUUGAUUGCACGGCAGCUUAAUAGCCAGCGGAAGAACUUCAGCUCCACGAGUGGGGGUCAUUUCAAAGAUUUGAAAGAGAAGCUGGCUGCUAGUAAGAAAGGGAUAUUUGCCUCGCUAGACAAGUCGGACGCUGAGAUGUCUUCCGGUGCCGGUCCGCAAGGAGACGAUCGCAAGCCCAAGCUUGUAAAAAACUUCAACGAGUUCCUCAGUUUCGCAGCUAUGAACCGUAGUCGCAUAAGCGACCGACUGAACAAUAAACGGAUUACAUCGUCGCUGGAUUCAACCGGUAGUACCGUGACCAUUACGACCGGUUCGUCCAUAACUGUGGACGAUGAUUCUACGGAGACAAUCGAGUACGAUGAACUGAAACCGAAACCGCUGAUCAAGCUGACCAAGUCUUCGUUCGAUGAUUCGGAUUCUUCUAGCGUUGGGGUGGCCGAUUCGUUCACGGCAGUGUCCCGUUCCAGCGACAACAGUAGCUUCAUCGUGGACGACAGUUCGGUUUCGGUAUCGCCAGUCCAUCAGCCACUGCAAGAGAUCGACAUCAGCAAUGGGGAGGAGGAUGAAGAGAGCGAAAAACUGCAGUUCCAGCAACAGCAAACUCAGGACGGUAGCAGCCCAGAUGACUCCCAGGAGUACUUCCCAAUGACAACUUCGAUGACUCGAGAGCUGAGACUGGAACUCGAGAAUCUGGAUCGGCACGUCUUCGGGACUGACUUCCACAGUCAGCAGCGAUUCUACACGCUGGGAGGUUGCAUCGAUCUUGAUACUCCACCGGAAAGCGUGGAUUCUAUCAAAGCUUUUACGCAAACAGAGCCCAUCAGUUAUCGAAAGCUGAAUCAGAAUGGUUCCGGGGACGCUAUGGAGAUUCAAUCUGUGGAUGAGAUAUGUGAUCUGAAAGAACUAUCCAGCACAGAUGUGGUUCGGUACCGGGAGAAGAAGCGUCCUAUAAGUGACAUCGACAUUGACAGCAAGCGAGUCAGUACCUCCAGUGCCAAUGCGGACAUAUUUGUGUGGGAGAAUCCACUGCAUCAGGUGGAAAGUCCUCUUUCAACCGGUGGAGGUGAAUUGUCGCUUUGUCGGCCCCUUACAACCAUGAUUGAGCGCAGUGCGACCACUCCCGAUGAACAUCCGGAACUUGAGUACGACGGUGAAAUCAUCGUCGAAACGGGUGCUGGUAAAAAAUCUGUCACUCCAAUACGCCUAAUUCGCAGGACAGGUGACCAUUCCAACAGUACCUCCAAUCGGAAUUCAAUGGUGCUCCUAGAUUCCGAUUCGGACGAUUCUCCUGAGAAACCUCCCGUGGUUGGUUUUAGAUUUCAUCCGAACAAUCCUUUUUACGAAGAAAAUUUCUCCGGACCGAUUCGUAUCCCAGCCAAAAUGGCAACGGCCUCCCCCUUCGAGGGAACACUGGAUAUUCCGCAGACAACGAACAUCGCAGGCUCCUGCAAUUCCUUCGAGGAAGCAUCCGAAGCUUCCAAGGUAGACUUAGCUAUCCAACAGCCAUCGGUUAACGUACCAACCAACGUGGCAGUUCCGGAAAACGCCGAUUCCAUCAAGGUGGCCGGAGUGCUACCGCCUCCGCAUGAGUUCGGAGGUGGGAAUCCGUUCCUGAUGUUCCUGUGCUUGACCAUUCUUCUGCAGCAUCGGGACUACAUCAUGAAAACCGGCAUGGACUAUAACGAGAUGGCCAUGCAUUUUGACAAAAUGGUACGGAAGCACAAUGUGGUGCGGGUGCUGAAUCAAGCACGUCAAAUGUACGCCGAGUAUCGGAGGAUGUAUAUGCAACAGCAGCAGCAGAGGAGCAACGGGGGAAGUGCCAGUAUGAGCAGCAGCAUGUAUGGGAAUCUAGGAGGGGAUGCAACGAAGAUGGUGAGCAACGGGACGGUACAGCCGCGAAGGAACACGACAAGUGGGUUGACCUUCAUAACGUAAGCGGUGUGGCAGAGAGGCAGGUACGCCCAUACCUGCACUGAGAUUACCGGAGAAGCAAAGCUGGAACACAACUGUGAUGUGUGAAGUGAAACGCGUGAGAAAAUUCAAUUUCAUGAUGACAAAACUCCAAACCUCUCGUAAGGUCAGACAAGAUGCACAAUGAACCCACACGGCCGACUUUUGUUUCUAAGUCAACCAUCAUCAUCUACCUGUUUCUAUCUAGUUUUCCAAAGAUUCUUUGGCCUCAUUUGAGUUGUGAUAUUUAUGAACUGACUGAUUUAAAACAAAGUACUUUUAGUAUAUAAACUUUUACAGAAACAGUUUUUGAUUUUUAUGGUUUUACAGUUUACUAUUUAAGUUUUCUCGCUAUUACUUUUUAUUAUCGGCUCGAGACGUGCAAGUUACGAGAACCAUAAUCGCAUUUCAAACUUGAAAACUCAAUAUAUAAAACGAUUAUACAUAAUACCAAGCUGCAAAGUCAAUAAAUAGUUUUCGAUAAAAAAUAAACAUGAUAAAAGUUAAAGUCAACAUUACAAUUGCCUAUUUAGGGUACACGAUGCUAACGAUUAUACCAAAUAUAUAUAUUUACCAUUAACACUUCCCAGUUUUAGAGGAAAUAGAUAGACAUUACAAAAAAAAUAAGUCACCGAAUGAGUUUCCGUUUAUUUUCAAGUGGCAGUUGAUGUCUGUGUUCCCAGCACCAGUAGCCUAUAGAGAACAAAGUAGCGUGAGUAAAUGUGAGCGUAUUUCCUUAAUAAAAAAAAAUAUCCUUCGGCCUUCAUUCUCAACAUAACCAAAGGAAUAGAGCUUUCGUUUAGUUGCCAAGUUUACAACAAGUUUUGGAAGUUUGCAAAUUAAUACACGAGAAAAAUGUGAAACUGGGAUUUUAUCGGACUAAUCAAAACUUCCAAAAAACUCUCUUCCGUAACAGGAGAAAGAACGAGUCAAAGUUUUAGUCUCAGAAAACUGAAAUGCCAUCUUAAAAAUAGCGACAGUCAUAAAACGUAAUACAAUAAACAAAAGUAAUCAGCACAAACAGAACAAGAAGAGCCAUAAGUUUCGACUACUAUGAAAUUAUAAACACAACAUCAAAUGCUUUCAAACCGUGUAGGAAAUACAAUAGAAGAAACUUGAAACAAGUACGUAUUUUGAAUGCACCUUCUGCUUUGCUUUGCAAUCAACGCGUAAAAAAAAAUAAUAAAACGGCGAACCGAAUAUUUCACAGGUACCAUGAACGCUAUACCCUUUUUCUUGCGUAAUAUCCAUUCAUUGAGGUCCGUGUGUUAUUAACACUAAGCAAUACAAAACAUUCUUUAUCAAAAUAUCGUCUAAACUAAACGAAACCUAAAUUGAAAGGAAAAUACUUGGUGAUCUCAUCAUUCCACUAUUCGUUAGGUCCGAACCUUCAGCGGUCAAGAAACAUUUCAGUCAACGUAAACUAUUGCUUACUGAAACUUUUUUCUUUCUGUAUUCACAUUUACAUAAUCGAGUUUUAUACAGUAAAUCACCGAAAAUUGUCAGUAAUAAUUUAAAUUAUGUUUAACUUAAACUUACAUGCUAGGGUGAAUGAGUGGAUACCAGGCUAGCAAUGAUUGAAACAAGCACUAAUCUAAGAGAGGGUUGAUCACAGUGAGGACUUUUAAAGUUCCAAUCAAUAUUAGCUCGGAAGAAAAACAAUAUGGAUGUUGAAUCUAGUGAAGCAUAUUAAGCUAGGAAGAGAAAAUUAUUCAAAUAAAUCAGAAUAAAGCUCGGAUUCCAGUGCAAAUCCAAA